GCCUGUGUUGCUCAGUGUAUGUUAUGUACUAGGAUAGCGCCCUGCAAUGAACUUCUACUUUGAGGCUUCUGAAGUACUUAAUCGCCUCGACGCAAAAGAGGGUUCCAUCAAAGGCAUCCUAGCGACUUUGCCCGAGAACAACAGAGCGAGAACAACUGCGCUUGUCAUUGAAACGCUUAAAUACAAAUCUGUUCUGUCCGAUGUCAUCCAGGCAUCCAAGCUCCUCACUGAAGAAAAGAAGAAAAUUACUUCUUUCAAUUUAGCCCUUGUAUUAGUGCAUGAUACACUGCUCGUCAAUGGCAUUCAAGCCGGGGACGGUCCCAUCAAACAAGCCAUUUUAAGGCACAAAACCAGGUUAAGGAGCGAACUUCAGCGAAUCAAGAUCAAACGAGGUGUCAAGUCUAAUCUUGAGUUGGCUCAGACCAGUGACGACAGAGCAGCCAAAAUCCCUCGUUACGUUCGUGUCAAUACCUCAAUGUGGUCGACGGAGGAAGCCAUGCAAUUCUAUACCAAACGUGGUUUUCAACUGCAAGGUCCCUUUGCAUCGAGCAAAGGGUUCGAAAUUGACGAGCACAUACCGGAUUUGCUGGCAUUCAAUCCUGCCCUACAGUUUCGCGACGAUCCUUCCUAUAAAACUGGCAAAAUCAUUCUGCAAGAUAAGGCAUCAUGUUUCUCUGCGUUUGUGCUAUCGCCUCCGUGUAACGAUCCAAAUGCUGUCGUGAUAGACGCGACAGCCGCCCCCGGAAACAAAACGUCACAUCUGAGCGCACUGAUGGGUAACAAGGGAAAAUUAUAUGCUUUUGAGAGGGACAAGAGGCGCUUCUCGACGUUGAAAAUGAUGCUCUCCAAGGCUGCUUGCCGGAAUGUAGAAGCCGUCAACGCUGAUUUUCUCACCAUCGAUCCGUCCCAUCCUAAAUAUUCAUUAGCGACGCAUAUCUUGCUUGAUCCCUCCUGCAGUGGUUCAGGUAUCGUAAAUCGUCUAGACUAUUUGCUCGAAGACGAGGUAGAAGUGGUAGAUGAAGACCGGUUGAACAAGCUUGCUGCUUUCCAACUUAUGAUAAUUAAGCACGCCAUGAAAUUUCCACGCGUACAGAGAAUCGUUUAUUCGACCUGUAGUAUCCACGCGUCAGAAAACGAACAUGUCGUUAGCCGUGCCCUUCAGUCGGACGAGGCCAAGAGCGGUAGUUUCAAGCUUGCACCUCGGAACGACGUCCUGCCGAAGUGGAAUCGCCGAGGACAGGCAGAAGGGAUGAUUGGAACAGGUGAUGCAGAUAGCUUAGUUCGAUGCUCCCCCGGCGAAGAUGGCACGAAUGGCUUUUUUGUUUCAUGCUUCGUCCGAGAACCGAAUUUUGUGCUGCCUCAGGCUGAACCUUCGAAGAAGCGUAAAGCGGACACUGAGGAAGCAGCCCUGGAGAAGAGGAAGAAGAAACCCAAGAAGAAAGUCAAAACAGAAUGAGAUCUUCGCUCUGUCUACUAAUACACAAUGUGCAUCCACGAAAUAUAAGCAUGUUUUGAGUUCUCG